CGAGUCAUUUGGGCGUGGCUGGGAAAAUCCUCAACGUCAAUUCACCCUUGAAAAUGGGCCUGAUACUACCGGUGCCAGGUCUGUCAGGUAUCACUGACAUCAAAACUCACAAAUAAACCCUUCCUCGGAGCUUCCCUGUACAUUUCCUAACAGUAAUUCCACCCUACGAGUACAAAUUGGCUCUCUUUUUGCCUGGACACGCCAGCUGCUCUCACCUCGUCCUACCCAGUUGUCGCGCCUGAGAAGCAGCGUUUACUGCAAAGCCCAAACCGACCUGGCUUCAUUCCUCAGGUCACAUCAUCAGCUUCAGUCCUAUGGCGCGGCGCAACCCAGCUGCCUGACAAAAACUCCAGCCGAAUACCAGUUUGGGCUCUAAAGAUAGCUGCGUUACGCAUGCAGGGCCCUUUGUUUCUGCUCUCAGCCAGGCGCUGUGGCACCACGACCACCUGACAAGAGCGUAAAGUUUCAUGUCUGCGCAGAUCGGAGGGAAAACAGCCAAACCAUGAGAGACAGACUGAGCAACCUGCAGGAGAUGUCCAGCAACCACGGGGAGCCGAUGGAGGAUGAAGAGUCCUCUGUCUCCGACUCCUUCAGCAACGUGGACCUGGAGGACGAGUUGCCGCACGAAGCAGUAGUGUUUGACAACAGCCCGGCUCUGGAGGACGUCUUCGACCAGUCGCAAGAAAUCCACCGAGAGGUCCAGCUCAUCCGCCUGGACGUCAAAAGGCUUCGUGAGCAGAACUCUCGUAUGUUUCACGGCGUCACCACCAUGAGCACCAUCAAAAGGGACUCCAACGCCAUUGGUGCGGAUAUAAAGUCCCGGGCGGAGGGUGUGCUGAGUCGACUGCAGGAAAUGGAAGGCACAGCCCACAAGCUGGAAGAAGAACACGGCUCGAAUUCUGCCAUCACACGUAUCGCCAGAACCCAGUACGCUGGCCUCAGCAACGGCUUCCGCGAUGCCAUGUAUGACUAUAACGAGGCUGAGAUGAGCCAUCGGGACAACUGCAAAAUCCAGAUCCAGAGACAAAUGGAGAUAGUCGGACGUGGGGUGACAGGAGAGGAGGUGGAGGAGAUGAUCGAGAAGGGCCAGUGGAACAUCUUUACCGACAACAUUGUGGCUGAGGGUAAAACAGCCCGAUCAGCUCUGACCCAGAUCGAGAAACGUCACCAAGAGCUGGUGGACCUGGAGAGCCGUAUCAAAGGCAUCCACGAGAUUUUCCUGGACAUUGCUCUGCUGGUGGAGGAGCAGGGCUCCAUGAUUACCUCCAUCCAAAGCAACGUUCAGAAAACCGAUGAGAACCUACAGGUAGUCCUCAUCAAACUUGGCAAGGCCAAACGUCACGUCAGCAACAACCCUUUUAGGAAGAUGUUUUGCAGCUGUUUCCCAUGUGUCGAUUAACUACUGUAGAAUACAGAAAAGGGCAGAAGGGCGGCAAAAUACGUCACGUUCUUUCCAGACAAAGAGUAGUGUAGUUUAAAGCUGUUGUGUCGAGAUUGAGAAACAGAAAAUGCCGUGUAAAAUUAUUUAAAAGUUGUAUUCAAGCGAUCGAUUGAUGUUUGUAAUGUUUGCAUGAAAGGUUUGAGACGGGUAUCUUGAACCAGAAUGAAUCCCUCCAUGACUGAGGUGUGAUGCAGACCUGAAACAUAGCAUAGUAUUUAAAAAUAUUUUUCUUGUUUUUAUAGCCUGCUGACUUUUCACAUGGGAGGGAUUGAUCAAAAGCCGAAAUGUGAUGACUGUCACGUUCUUGCGAUUGCAGGCGUGCUAUGUGAAGUGGUUCCUGAGAGAUAGAUGAGACGAAUUAAAACCCACAGAAAUGUCAUCACAUCAAGCACUUCUUACCUUAACUUACUCAAAGUGUCCAACCCAAGUCAUUCAAGUCGAAUAAUUUAUUACUAUGCCUCAAUAUACUGGUAAAAAAAAAAAAAAGGAUUUCUGAGAGGUAGAGCUGAAAGCAAAUGUUUUAGAAAUUGAUCAGUUUUGCUGUAUUGUAUAAAUUGCGAAAAAUGUUGGAUUAAUUCUUACCGUUCUUUGCCCAUAUUGCACAACACUUUUAUUAUUCUACACUUUUUUCUUACAUCUCUUCUGACAACCCCAGUAACUGAGGGGUAUCAGCAGUUUUAAUCGGAUUCUUCGCCAGUCUCAAUGUUAUGCUGGAAUCCUACAUUUGAUGUACUGUGAUGUAUGCUAAUCUGUUACUUUUAACUGUGAUUUUAUGACUUAAAAGUAUAAUACCUUUUAUGUUGUCUCCCUUUCUCCUAUGGUGUCAUGUAUAUUACAUAAAGACUUAUAUUAAAAAUGA